CAUGUCACAGGCAUUUCAACGAGUGAUUCAGAAGAGUGAAAAGAAUAAUAAACCAUUGAUUGAAAAGAAGAGGAGAGCAAGAAUAAAUGAAUGCUUAUCACAGUUAAAAUUGCUCGUUUUGCAAGCGAUGAGAAAAGAGACGGGAAAUUACACUAAAUUGGAAAAAGCUGAUAUUUUAGAAAUGACCGUUAAAUAUUUGAGACAACAGCGCAGACAGCAAACUUUAGAUUCAAAUCCUAUCAACAAGUAUUUGGCUGGUUAUAAUGAAUGCGCUAGCGAAGUUCAACGAUAUCUCUCUACAUCCGAUCUCGUCGAUAUGGAUACUAGGAGUCGUUUGAUUAAUCACCUGUUUAAAAAGGCAAAUAAUUAUUCGGAGAAACUUCAUCCUUCUUUUGUGUAUAAUUUGGUUUCCGGCGUUCUUCCUUCCGGUCAAUUGACAGCUUUACUAGUUCCAGUACAAAAUCAAGUUUCAAAAGUCAAGGUCGAUUCUGCAACAUCAACGUCCGAUGAGGAUGAAGAAAUGGAAGAAUAUGAAACCGAUCAUGAAAAAGAAAAUGUUCCAUGGAGGCCUUGGUAG